AUGAUUUAUUUUGAAAGAAAUAUCGAAGAAAAUUUUUCAGUCGUAAUUGAAACUCCAAUGAAAACAAAUUCAGAUCAAAACUCAAUAAGAUAUGUGGAAAAUCAAAUAAAGAAUAUUUCUAAAAAUUAUUUAAAUAAUUGUUACUUAAAAAAAUUGGAAGAAAAUUCAAAUACGUGUUUAAAAGAAAAAUCAGACACAUAUUUGAAAAAUUCUGAUAGUGUACAUAAAAAAUAUAUAGAAAAUUCAAAUGAAAAAAAUUAUGAUUUAAUUGAUUUGGAUAUAAAAAAACUACAUAUAUUAGAAAAGAAAAUAAAUGAAAUAAAUUACUGGGAAAAUGAAAUACAAAAUUUAAAAAAAAAAAAAAAAGAAGCCUUUGAAAAAAAAGUAAAAUUACAUUUAGAACUAAUGAAAUAUAAUAAUGACAAAAAAAAAUUAGAGGAAAUAGAAUAUAUAAAAAAAAGUAAGAUAAAUGAGCAAUUAGCUGUUUUAGCUAGAGCAGAAUAUGCUAAAGAAGUCAUUGAAAGAAAUAUAAUAUCAAAAAAAAUUGUGAAAGAAGACAAUAUAAAUCUUGUGUUGUUAAGUUUAAAAAAUUUAAAAACACAUAUUGAAUAUACUUAUCUAAAUAAAGAAAAGGAAAAAAAAAAUAAGUAUUUUUUUUCUUUAUAA